UUACAAGGCAAUCUGCCAGGCAAUAGUUUUAUUCGACUAUAUGUAAUUUUUGCUGUUGUUCCAGAUAGGGACAAGUAUUUCAUAGCGUAUACACGGUCGCUCUGAAGAGUCUAGAUUUUCCACAUGUCGCUGACUUGUGCUAGGAAUUAAAUCAUUUUGAUCAGUGCAUCGCUCUGGGUGACUCAGUUCUGCGCGAAGUGGAAUUCUUUUAAACGUGCGGUACAUAAUGGCCGUGUGGAACGGAGAUAUUUUCGCGAUACGGUUGGUGUUCGUCCUGUGCUGUAUUUGUUUAUUGGCCCGGGACGUCACGGCCAAGUGCGACCUGUCUAACUGUAUUGAACCGAGGUGUCUGUGCCCCAGCAACGUCCCACCAGGGCAGUUACAGCCACCUCAAGUUCCACAGGUAGUUUACUUCACCUUCCUGGGGACCAUGGACGAAAGUAAGUACAAACACAUUGAGGAUAUUUUCUCAGAGGACUUGAAGAAUCCAAACUACUGCCCGGUAGCUGCCACUUUCUUCAUUGGAGACUUUGACACCGUGGCGAGCCCCGUUCGUAAAACCAAUUAUACUUAUGUGAAGAAGUUGUACGAGAUGGGACAUGAGGUUGCCACCACGGGGACUAACAUUCAGUAUCCCGUUACGUGGUGGCACAGGGCGGCCUCCGCAGACUACGUCAAUGAAGUAGUGUUCCAGAAAAUACGGAUUGCGACAGACGCGGAGAUAAACGGGGACGACAUCCAGGGAUUUCGCGUGCCAUUCUUAAACAAUGGCGGAGACGCACAGUUUGGAAUGCUGCACGAUUAUAACUUCACGUACGACUCCUCGUUGGUAAACGGACCUUAUACACUGCGGGACUACCAGGCAACGUCUCACAGCCCUCUUUAUCCGUUCACUUUAGAUGUUCCUCCGGACAAAAAGCUAUGUGACAUCACCCCCGUCAAUUGCCCAAGCCAGUCUUACCCUGGACUAUGGGAAAUACCAUUGAAUCGUAUCUAUGGCAAUGACGGUCAAGCAUGCGUGGCAGCGAGUGAUUGCAAUGUACGGGAUACGUCAGACGUUUUUAAUUUCCUCGUUAAUAAUUUCAAUCGCAAUUACCGCUCUAACAGAGCACCUCUCGGAAUUUAUCUGCAAAUUGAUUGGUUUAAAGAAAAGCCUUUCACACUCGAAGGGGUCAAGCGCUUUAUUCGGCACGUCGCCAGUAAGAGAGACGCAUGGGUUAUUACCGUGUCCCAGUUGAUUGAUUGGAUGAAGUCCCCAAUGUCGCCGUCACGUGCAAUCACUUUCGGCGCGUGGAGAAACUCAAAGCUGCCAUGUAGCCGGCCGCAAACAUAUAAUUCACCGAAUACUAAUUAUGUGGAUCACAUGGGUCACAGGAGUUCCGCGAUUUUUAUCACGAAAAACAGCCUGUUAAUGGCGACGUCUUUUUUCUUAGCAUUGGGCUCACAGUUCUUUAUUGCACCUUAAAAUUCUUGAAAUAAAAAAAAAAGACAUUACUAAAUUAAGAUUUUUCCUCACUGCAAAGUAGGCCUGUAAUUAUACAUGAUGUGAUCGUUCUUAUUCCUCUAAUUAAUUAAACUGAGACGCGUUUUCAAA